CUCUCUCUCUCUAAAAACCUUCCAUAUUUGGGUUGUCAACGGUUCAGUUUCCUCCUCCUGCAUAUUUUUCUACCUUUCAAUAUCUUUAUUAGGAAAUAUAUCUCGCCGGCAGGAGUAGUUUACAAGGGUAGGGAUGGAUUUCUCGACCAUAGCGAGGAGAACCAGGUCUAGAGAUCCUGAGUUUUACAGACAGCUGCAUGAGAAACUCAAGAAUGAGAGAAGAGCAAGCAGUAAUGGUGGUGGACAGGCUUCUUCAAGUGGAGCUAGUAGGAGUUCUACUGCUCAAAAUCUAGGUGGUGUUGGGACUUCUAACGGAGGUGGUGGUGGGAGUUCUACUCGUCCUAGUACCAGUCAAAAUGUCAUUGUUGUUGAUCAUGAAGAAGAUGAAGAGGAGAAUAGAAGGAGGUUGAAGAAACAGAGACCUAUUAUUAGCAACAAAGUGACGGAGAUAAACAAAGAGAGACAAAGAGAAGAAGCAGAGAGAACAAUCAGAGAAUUGGAGAGAGCGAGACAAGAAGCAGAGUUCAAGAAGGAGAUUAACAAAGGAAGUACCUACAUCCGAAGUGAUAGGAAGAAAGAAGAAGAAGAGGCACAUAAGAAGAUUCUUGAAUGGAGACGAUUGAGAGCACAAGCAGAGAGGAUUCCGAAGAAGAAAGAGAUUAACAUAGAAAAUACCAGCUUCAGAAGUGACCGGAAGAAAGAAGAAGAAGAGUCACAUAAAAGGAUUCUUGAAUGGAGACGAUCGAGAGAAGAAGCAGAGAGGAAGAAAGAGAUUAACAAAGAAGACACCUACUUCAGAAGUGGCAGGAAGAAAGAAGAAGAAGAAGAAGAAGCCCAUAAAAAGAUUCUUGAAUGGAGACGAAUGAGAGAAGAAGCGUCAACAAAAGAAAAUGCUGCUUCCACUUCUGAUCUGAAGGGGAAAGCCAAGAUGGAUUCUGAAGGAUCUUCUAAACACGAGAAUGUGGUUCAUAUUGAUGAUGAAGAGACUGAGUCGGAUUCUUCGAGUGAGUCGAGCUCCGAAUUUGAAUUCACUACCUGUGAUGAUGAUAAUUCGGAUGAUGAGGAUUUUGAUAUACAUGAAGUUGAAGAGGAUGAGGAAGAUUCAGACGAAGACGCAGAUGAAUUGGAGGUGGAAGAGGAAUCUGGAGAUAGUGAAGAUUCUGACGCUGUUAUUGCUCUUCCUAAACCACAGAAGGUGAAGCGUAAGGUGGCUAAGGUUGAAGUUAAAGAGAAAAGAACAAUUAUUGAUUUGGAGAAAGAGGUGAAGAAGACGGUUGCAGCUAAGAAAAAAGUCUCCAAGAAAAAUAUAAUUACUGAACCAGCACAUCAAACUCUUAGUGAUGAUUCUGAUGACAGUAUUGCAAUUCCAGAAAACCAGAACGCCAGUGUAAAUGUUGAAGAGCAAAGCACUUUUGAUGGUUUGGAGGAUGUAAUAGAGGUGGAGUCAAUUCCGCCCAAGAAAAACUCCAACAGUAAUAUAGUUGGUGAAUCGGCACAUCAAGUUCUUAGCCAUAAUGAUUCUGAAGAUGGUAAUGUGCUUCCAACAAAACAAAGUUCCAGUACUGCUGAUGUUGAAGUUCAAGCGAAAAGAACUUCAGUUGAUGUGGAUGAGGAGAAGAUUGAGUCUGAAAAAAAUUCCAAGAGAAAAAGAGUUCCUGAACAAGCAAUUCAAGCUCCUGCCACCAAGAAAAGCUCCAUCAAGAAUAGAGUUGGUGAAUCAGCUCACCCAGCUCUCAGCGAUGAUGAUUCUAAUGACGGUAUUGUAUUUGCACAAAACAAGAAUGCCACUGCAGAUGCUGAAGUUGAAGAGCAAAGAACUUUCGUUAGCGUGGAGGAGGUAGUGGAGGUGGAGACAGUCACGGCAAAGGAAAGCUCCACCAGAAAUAUAGUUGGUGAACCGGCACACCAAGCUAGCGGUAAUGAUUCUAAUAACGGUAUUCCACUUCCAGAAAACCAGAGUGCCGAUGCAUAUGUUGAAGCUGAAGUGCAAAGUACUUUUGUUAGCUUGGAGGAUGUGGUGGAGGUGGAGACAGUCACGGCCGAGAAAAGCUCCAACAGAAAUGUAGUUGGUGAACCGAAACAUCAAGGUCUCGUUGAUGAUUCCGAAGAUGGUAUUGCGCUUCCAACGAAACAAAGUGUCAGUGCUGAUGUUGAAGUUAUAGCAAAAACAACUUCAGAUGAUCUGGAGGAGGAGAAGAUUGAGGCUGAAAAAACUUCCAAGAGAAAAAGAGUCGGUGAAGUAGCAUUUCAAGCUCCUGCCAAGAGUGAAAAGAAAAACCCCAUGCCUUGCAGUUCUACAGCAAAAGUUACAAGGGUGGAAUCUGGUUCAACACGUUCUGUGGAGCAGAAGACGGAGAAUAAGACUUAUGGUACUCGUCUACUUGACAAAAAGAAUAAUGCUCCUCGAAGUGGGAAGGCCAGUGCUUAUCAAACUCCUCCAGUAUGUGACGAGGCUGAGUAUCAUUCUCUGUCAAAGAAUGAGAAGAAGAAAAACCUUGGUACUCGUGCAGCUCGUAUCGAGACAAAGAAUCAUUCUCCAUUGAAAAAUGGAAAGAUUGGUUAUUGUCAGAUUAGUCCAGUACGUGAUGAGGCAGCAUUUCAUUCUCUUUCCGAUGAUGAUGCUCGUACCGGUGAUGCUGGCAUUGACAAUUAUGUCGAGGAUGAUGAUCUUGGCAUUGACGAUCUUUCUGAGGUUGAUAAUGCUGUUAAUGAUGAGGAUGCUGACGCUUAUGAUUAUUUACUUGACGAUGAUAUUGAUGUCGCGGAAAAGGAGGAUGGAGAUUUAGGAGGCAAGCGUGUACAAAGUCCAAAGAUUGAUCCCCUUUUCAAGCUCUUUCUAAAUACUAUCUGGGAGAAAGGGGAAGGAAUUGAGAAAGAGCGUGAGGUCGUUGAAGUUGCUCCUGUUGUCCCUGAGCCAGUGAAUAUAUACAAGUUUAACUAUGGUGUUGAGAAACGCCCGCCAAAGGAGAAGUCAGAUUAUGAGAUAGAAAUGGAUCAGCUGUGGGCCGAGUAUGAAUUUGCGCUAAAAUCUUGCGAGCUUGAUACUGCUGCUUCUUCCACUGUUGCAAUGGAAGAAGAUGAGGAGCAACAAAUUGUAACGGAAGGAUUUACUUCCUGUGGUGUAGGAAAGCAUCAACUCAUUCUUGACGAAGAAAUUGUGAUCCGAUGCAUGUUUUGCUCUUUAGUGAAGCGAGAAAUCCGACAUAUAUUACCUGCCUUUGGAACACCAUGUGCUAGAGAAAGACCAAGUCGGAUAUUGUCUCCUGAUGAUCCAGAGUUCUGUAUGUUCGAUAGCUUUCCAUUGCAAGCAACCGGUGGUGAUAAGGAUUCUAAUGUUCAUCCCACAGGAACUGUCUGGGAUAAGUUCCCUGCCGUAAAAGAAAAUCUGUAUCCCCAUCAGAUUGAAGGUUUUGAGUUUUUGUGGAGAAACUAAGCAGGAGGCAUUAAUCUUGAUGGGAAAAACAAGA